AUGAGCAAGGCUUUCGCCGACGAGUCCGACAACGAGUCCAAGACUCCCACCAAGAAGUCUCGACUCAAUAACAUCGCCUCGAUGAUUCUCGCUCUCGCGGAGCUGGAGGUGCAACCUGAGAAGAAAGAGCCCAAGGGAUAUCGACCAACGCCGUGGUGCUUCGUCGUCGCGUCUUCCAGCCUCUUGACCUGUCACGCCCAACGAGAUAACCUGCUGUGUUUGCGCGUAGUCGACAGCCUUGGCAAUGCAGCAGAGCCCACGGGGUGGCGCGACCUGGCGGUUCUGCGACAGAUCACAAUAGUGCUUAUGACCGCCGAUCGGAGGAGUCUAGUAGGCCCAGUACCGCUUGAGGGGUGGAUUGCGCCAGAAGCUACGAAGACCUCUCGAACGACCUGUUAUUCCUUGUCAACAUUACCUUGCUCACCCGCGCAGCGCCACCACGAAGAGACGAAACCCUCGCUCGCGGGCAUCAGCCUGACCGCUGCAUGGUGGCUCGUCCUCUCGAUGAGCUUUAGACAAUCGGCCGACACGCUGGACAGAUCACCUACCACAGCUUCUUGCUUCCGGUCAACCCUGGUGGAAACCCCAGGUUCGUCCUCCGCUGUCCACAGCCUGCUACAGUUCAUUGAUCCGAAAAACAACGCUGAGGAGCUUGACGCGAAAUAUGCUGAGUUGACCAAGGACAACCUACCAGAGCUACACCCGCUCUACCCGCUUGUAGCUAUCAUGGACACCUUCGAUGUCACUGUGACGCUCGCAGUCGUGGCCGCCAUCGAUGUUGGCGAGGUCAAUGAUGUCAGAAAUUACCACUGUCCGGCUCUGUUCAACAUGCCACUUUCCCGGGCGCUGGCGGCCGGGAACGAGGUCAAAGUCACCAGUUGCGAGCUGACCAUCAACUCGGGCCGUCAGACAACUGCGGGCUCUGGGCGUACAAACGCCAAUAUGAACCGCGAUGACGAGAUGGGAUGA